AUGGAGAAGGGAUGGGACAUCAAUCGGCAAGGUUCACGAGGAAGGGCGGUUCGAUUUGAGUCGGUGCAUUGCCCACGGUUGCUGGGGCUGGGCAGCUCCAACUACCCGCGGGCUAGAAGAUUGCCUUCUCUUACAUCAGAGGCUGGUAACACAACCUGCUCAACUAGUAACAUAUGCUUCUCCCUCCCACCCCUCUCCAUCUCCAUAUCCAUCUUCGACAAAUCUGCUCAGUCAUCUCACUGCUCCGGCGACGACAACGUCCCCAUCCAGUACAAUCAGGUGAGGAAUUGGUUCCAGAACCAUAGUUCCAGGAUGAUGAUGAUGCCUCCGGUGGCCGAGGAACACCACCUAGUGGCCAUAUCCUACUCAGGGAAUAUUCCUUCAGAUGGUGGCCAGGUCCAGUUUGAAGCAAAAUCGGCUAGAAAUGUCGUAUGGUACGAUGUUGCUGCCUUUCCGUCCCACAGGUUCAAGAAAACAAAGGACCCAGAAGUACUAGUUCGAUUUACUUGGCUUGGACCCGAGGAUGAUGAAUGGGUUGAUGUUCAGAAAUGUGUGAGACUGCGUUCUCUUCAAUGUGUUGCAGCGCUGCCUGGGGAUCUCAUUCUUUGUUUUAAGGAAGGCAAAGAGCAGGCCCAAUAUUUUGAUGCGCAUGUUCUUCAAGUUCAAAGGCGCAGGCAUGACGUAAGGGGGUGCCGCUGUAGGUUUCUUGUUUGUUAUGAUCAUGAUCACUCUGAGGAGUUUGUUCCACUGAGCAAGGUAUGCCGUCGACCAGAAACUGAUCACUUUCACCAGAAAGCCCAAAAGCAACACAAGAUGAUGGUUGUCAACACUGAAAAGGUGACCAGGGGUGGGGCUCCCAUUCCACCAGAUCAAGGAGGGCCAUCUGACAAACCUGUUUCUCCCUUACUAGACGCACCUACUAGCACCCGCAGCAAAUCAGUGGCACAUGUUGAGAUGGGGGAUGCAGAGGCUGCCCGAAACGACGAAGCUGCAAAUGAAGCACAUGGCGACAAGAUGAAUCACGAGGGUGACUUCUCGUUUCGGGUGGCGUGGUACCACCUGUCGGACGACGGGUUCCCGAUCAAGCACAACGUGGACCGCCUCCCACCGCCGCUCAUCGCCGACCUCAACGGCGACGGCCGCUGA